AUGGUUAAAGAAAAUGCUUUCCCAACUGUAAAUGCUGAUGUCUGUAUUACUUCUAGUGGCUGUUCACCUGAAACUAAUAACAGUCAUGAAAACGUUAAUCAACCAACCGUGGACUCUGACCUUGACCCUCCAGUGUCCGAAAUGAAUAAUCACUCAAAGGAUUCAAUUGAAGCAGUACAGCUCUCAAUUUCUGUUACCAAAGAACGAGCAGCUACCCCAAUCACUCAAGCGACCAAUGAUAACAGCAAUAUAGAACCAAAUGUUGGAAAAUCUUUCGUCUUAGCACCUCCACAACGGAAUAAUAUCGAAUGGUUAGGUCGCUUACCGUUGAUUGAAACACUAAACCAGGCUAACCAAACUUCGUUCUGCAACACUAAAAGUAGAAGUAGUAGUGUUUUUAAAAACCGCGACACCGAGUAUUAUAAAG